AUGUCGUCUUCUCAAGAACCCAGCGCAAUCUUGUCGCAUCUCCAUAGCACAGAUGGUUCUGCGACAUUUUCACAGAACGGAUAUACGAUCAUAGGCGCUGUCAACGGCCCAAUCGAAGUUCAACGCCGCGACGAGCUUCCUGAAGAGGCUGCCAUCGAUGUCAUCGUACGGCCAGCAGCGGGAGUUGGAAGCACUCGUGAGCGGCAUCUAGAGUCAAUCAUCGAACGGACGUUGCGGCAAAUGGUAUUAAUCAGCAACUUUCCUCGGACGCUGAUUCAAGUUACUCUCCAAGUAACGAGCAUACCUCCAGACGAGACGGCGACUUCCAAAUCAAUCCAGACUUCUUCGACUCUACCUAUCUUACCCGCAUUGCUCCAAACGGCCAUCCUGGCUCUCCUCUCCGCCGCCAUCCCACUUUCCACCUCUUUGACAGCAACCUUCCUCGCCAUCUCUGAAAAAGGAAAGAUUCUUCAGAACCCCAGUCUUCUCGAAACCCAAACCGCACAGUCUAUACACGUAUUAGCUUUUACCUCGAAUGCCGAACCUCUUGUCAUCGAGAGCCAAGGUUCCUUUACGCCAGCUCAGUGGGACGAAGUCUGCAUCCAGGCAGAGAAGAUUUGCUGUGGCUCGACCGACCCAGAUGCCAUGGUUGACGAAGGCGAGAAAGGUGGAAUGAUGCAAUUUGUUCAGACUGUUGUCGAAGAGAAGGUCGACAAAGAUAUGGCAUGGAGGACGUGA